AUUCAUUUUCAUGGGCUGUAAGUGACGCAGAUGAGACAAAACAUUACGAGUUACAAAAACAGAGAUAACUAAAGGCAUACGGUAAAUACUAUUUUGUGAAUUAAUUGCGAUUUAUCACCGAGAACUGUAAAUUAUUAAGCGAGAUGUGUACCAGUGUGGACUGUGGGUGCAAGGUUUGUUGCUCGGAUUAUUGUGGAGUGUAACGACGGCGUGUAAACGCACCGACAUCAACUCCACCUGUUCCAUAAAAUCAAAAUAGGAUCAAAGUACGUCAGUCUGGAAUAAUGGAUUCGGCCGGGAUAUAGUGUCUGUGGGCUGCAUCGCGUCAUCUGCUGCUCAAUUGAUCAAUCGCCAUGUCGAACAAGCUGUGUAUGGAGCUGUGGAGCGAGGUCCAGGACCACCUGGACGAUAUAGUCUCCAAGGAGGUGGCCGCCGCCGGCGCCAAGCCCGAACACAACAAGGCUCUGGCGCUGGAGGGGCUGCUGGGCCUGUACCUGCGUCACCUGCGGCUGCUGGGCGGCCUGGCGCGCUGCUACGACCAGACGGUGCACCCACAGAAGCGGCUGGUGCUCCGGCGCAGUCUGGACGCCGUCAUGGGACGGCUGGUCGAGCUCAAGCUGGAGCUGGCAAACCUGGAGCUGAUGGAGUUUCACUUUUUCGACGACCUGCAAGUGGACUUUAAGUUGCUGCCGCACGACGCCGAGAUGCCGAUAGCGCCCUAUUUCCGCCUGGAGCGGAAGGACACUCUGGCCGGCGUCAACGAGAUCAUUGGUGACGCGCUGCGGAAGCUGGGCGCCAUCCAGUCCGAGGCGAAGGUGAGCUCUCAGAUGAGCCGUGAUGAGGCUGUGCGGCUGAUCCAGAGACAGGAGCGGGCCAGACAGGGCCGACACCGGGCCCGCUUCAUGCAGGAGAUCCACCGACAGGAGAUGAAGGAGAAGACCAAGGGAAAGUACGUACCGUCUAUGUCCGACGACGCAGCCGCUCUCCGCAUACAGACCGUGUGGCGGGGGUUCGCCGCCCGACGGAACGUCAAACGCAUGAGAGAAGAGGAGAUGAUAUUCAUCGGAAUGCUGCCGCCGCGCCGUCCGUCGCCGCCGCCGGAGCGCCGCGUGGCAGAGGUGGAGGCGUCGCGGCGCGAGCUGCAGGCGCGCCACCAGCAACAGUACGAGGAGGCGCUGGUCACCGUUAAAGAGGAGCUGCGACGACUGGAGGCGGUGCAAAUGCGCGAGGACAUGCAGGAUGAGAUCCGCGCCUGGAUGAUGGCUGAGUGGCAGAAGAGCGGCGCCUUUCCGGACCUUCCCAAUGAGGAGGAGGGCGGCUCGGCGGCACUCUUCGACCCCGACUUCGUGCCGCCGCCCAAACCCGAGAAGGAGGACAAAAAGGGCAAGGGCAAGAAGGGGAAGAAGGACAAGAAGGAUAAGAAGGACGAGAAGAAAAAGAAAAAGAAGAAGGGUGAAGAGGACGAGGGGUUCAUAAUGCAGCCGUCGAAGUUCGUACCCGUAAUCAUGGAGGCCUGUAUGGAAUAUGACGAGAAGUGGAAACACAAAGAGGAGAAGAACAACUUUGAGCAGAACUUUGACGCCGAUAUCGUACGGCGGGACAAGAGACGCGAGCUGGAGCUGGAGGUCCGCAGAGACGUCGACACUGCGAUGAGGGAGGAGCUCGACCGGCUCAAAGACGCGCUGGAGAGGGACAAAGGCAAGAAGGGUCGGAAAAAGAAGAAGGGUAAGAAGAAGCGCAGGGGCGGUAAGAAGGGUAAGAAGAAGAAGGGGAAGGACCUGACGCCCGACCGGAGUCUGGAGUCGCUGGUCGAGGAGCUGGUCGAGAACAACGUCAUGAAGCUCAUCCCCGAGAAACGCAUGUCGGAAUUUAUCGGCUACCCACAGCUGACCGGCUCCCUGCAGCGACUGAAGAGCCAAGAGGCCCGACCGCUGCUGGGUGACGUGCGCCGCGUGCUGACAGAGUACUGCAUCAUACCGCUCGGCUGCGCGUCCGUGCACGAAACUGCACCUCUGAUCAAGUCUGUUCUGAUCGCCGGCCCGCCGGGCUGUGGCCGAAAACACCUGGUGCACGCCAUCUGCGCCGAGUCAGGCGCCGUUCUGUUCGACCUGAGCGCGUCCAACAUCGCCGGGCGCUACCCGGGAAAGGCCGGACUCACCAUGCUCAUGCACCUGGUCAACAAGGUCGGCCGCCUCCUGCAGCCCUCCGUCAUCUGGAUCGACAACGCCGAGAAGACGUUCGUCAAGAAGGUGCCCAAGACGGACAAGACGGAGCCGAAGCGUCUGAAGAAGGAGCUGCCGAAGCUGCUGAAGGCGCUGACGCCGGCGGACCGGCUGCUGUUGGUGGGCACCAGCGAGACGCCCUGGGAGGCAGACCAGAAGGCGCUGGGUCAGACGUACAACCGUGUGAUCCUGAUGCCGCCGCUCGACUACGCCAGCCGACUACAGCUGCUCAGCCGCGCCGUGGCCGUACCGGGCGUACCGCGCCACCCGGCGCUGGACCUGAGCACGCUCACUAAACUGACGGACGGGUUCACCGCCGGACACUGCCUGGAUAUGGUGCAUGAGGUGGUCACAGAGAAGCGGAUCGUGAAGCUGCGGAAGCGGCCGCUGAAGACGACAGAGUUCGUCCCAGUGCUGGCCAAUCUGCAGCCGGUGAUGAGGGAGCAGCAGGAGAUGUACUACACCUGGCUCACCAAGACGCCGCUCGGGAAGAAGAGGGCAAAGAUGCUGGAGGCUGAAGCAGAGGAGGCCAAUAAGGCUAGCGCCGGCAAAAAGAAAAAGUAGAGGAGGCCCGAGCAACGGGGACUCAAUACAGACACGAUGGGAUCUCGACAGUAGAUAGAACCAGUGUUUGAACUUUGAAUACGAUGUUAACGGGACCAAAGCACACAGAUCUCAUAGUGUCAAGCAACUAGUCUAGUCCUAUUUAUAUUUGUUUGUUCAUUUUUCUACAAAUUAUGACCGAUGUCCCUGCCUGUGUUAUGUGCCGUCCUCACGGUGAUUUGUUUUAUGACUCGUCAAUUGCCGGCACCAAUCAUCACACGUGAAAUUUACUUAUUCGUUCCGCCCCCUGUCCGAGUAUGGUGAUGUUCGGGUAUAUUUACCAGUUCGCUGAUACCAUUGAUCAGGGGAUCUGGACUCCAUUAAUUAGCACUGAUGGCAUGUUCGACUAAUAAAAGUAUCGACCAAACGAA